CCCCAACCUAAAAUGGCAGAAGAAAAUAAGUAUGACGGUCUAUUCAUGACAAUUAUGUAGUAAACAAAGGAUAUUAAUGUAUUCUUUGAUGCAUCGUUUGGAUUUUUAAGACGUCACACCGACUUUUUCUUAGAUUAAAAACAAGCAGAAAAAGUUAUUACUGAAUCUUGUGCUAAAAAUUUCCUCAUAUUUUAAUCAGAAAAAGUUGACAAGGACAAGAAGGAAGAGCAAAGAAAGUAAAGAGAAGAAUAAAGAAAAAGGGAAAAGGAAGCCGCUGAAAAGGCUAAGAAGGAAGCAGAACAACUAUAAUAACAAUAAUUAUUACAAUAAUAAAAAGAAAAAUUAGAAUAACAAAAAUAACAAUAAUAAUAAUAAUAGCAAUAACAAUAGUAAUAAUAAUAAGAACCAUUGGAUCCAUCAGUACCAAUUUACUAACCAGUUUUGAAAGUUCCAGAGUAAAAGCCAAAAGAACCUGAAAAGAAAGAAGGGGAAGAAAAAGAUGGAGAGAAAAAAGAUGGAGAAAAGAAGGAUGACAACGAAAAGGCACCAUUAGGUAACGGAGGAAGAACAGAGAGAUAUAUCUGGACCUAAACUCUAGAAGAAGUAUAAGUUUAUAUCCCUAUCCCCUCUACUGUUACAAGUAAAUAACUAACAGUGAAAAUUGAAGCCUGCUCAUUAUUAGUUGGACUUAAAGGCUAACCUCCUAUCGUUAAUGGAUAAUUAUUUGAAAAAAUAUAAUCUGAUGAAUCAACUUGGUUAUUGACUGAUGGAGAAAUUUAGGAUUACAAAGGAAAAUAUAUUCACAUAUCAAUUACAAAAUACUCUGGUUAGAUGAAUUGGUGGGCAUGUGUCAUUAAAGGUGAUCUUGAAAUCAAUACUCAAAAGAUCAGUCCAGAACCAUCAUAAUUGUCUGAUUUGGAUGGAGACACCAGAGGAACAGUUGAAAAGAUGAUGUUCGAUAUGAGACAAAAACAAAUGGGCAAACCUUCUAGUGAUGAGCUUUUAAAGUAGAAUAAAUUAUCUGGAUUCAUGAAAGCCCACCCAGAAAUGGAUUUUUCAAAGUGCAAGUUCAAUUGAGCUAUAAAUAACAAGUUUAAUAUUAUUUUUAAAUCUUUUUGGGUA